AUCAUGUCAUCUCGUACCAUCUUUUUAGCCAAAAGAGAGGGAAAACGAGGAGAAUUUCUCUCUUGGCAGCCGCUCCGGGAAGAGGCCAUGCAUAUCAUAUCCUGGGGCUAGACCUGUUUCAACCACCCAUGCCUUUCUCCUUCUAGCCUCUCUCUCUUUCUCUCUCUCUCUCUCUCUCUUAUCUUUUUUGCCUUUUCUUUACCAUUAACAAAUAAAUAAUAUCUCAUUUAUAGCCUUAACUGCAAUUUUUUCCUUGUAUACUUUCAUAUUUUUCACAUUUCGAUUUCAAACACCCAUGUUUCCUCUGCUUGUUUGCUAGAAAAUACACCAUUCCCUCUAUAACAAAGACUGCAUUCUAAGCUAAGAACCUAGAAGGAAAAUAUGGGGGAAAAUUCGCCAGAAACGAAAUCAGGUUGUGGCCUGUUGAAUGCAGUUUUUGGGCGGCGUAAUUUUUGGCCGAGAAGGUCUACUUCUACAGGCUCAUUGCCUAUCAACAACAUCAACAUUAAAACAGCAAGCUCAAACACCAAGAGGCGACGGAGUGGUUCUGAUGAGGCGUCACUUUUUAAUUCUUCGUUGAAUGGACCAGAAGCUCCCCCCAAGUCCAGCACGAAACCGCCUCCAAAUCACCCUAAGCCCCCUGCAGUACUUCAACAGAACCAGGUUCGGAAACCUAAUGAUGAAGCAACCAGAAUAACACCUAACCAAGGAUAUCUCAACCAAGGUAAAAGGGUGCCUAAAGAAGCCGUUAGUAUCUCUGGGGAGCUGGAAAGCAUGAUCGUGGAUCAUCAAAAGACAAAGGGAAACAGUAACCUUGUUCGAGCCUCAUCGAGUAAUGUGAUGCUUUAUGGGAAUUUAGGCAACUUGAGGCAACCUGGAGGAGGAAACACAAAUUCAUAUAACGUUCUUGAUCAACUCCCUAAGACUGCGAGAGAGGAUGUCUCCACACCUAAUGGGAGAUACCCGAAUAGUGUAAUGGGAAACGUGGUGAAGAAACCGGUUGAGGAAAAGCGUACGGGAGAACAGCCAGGUUCUCUCUGCAGAGCUCUUUCUACACGAAUGGACCCAGAAACGUUGAAAAUUAUGGGCAAUGAAGAUUACAAGAAUGGGAAUUUUGUGGAAGCUUUGGCGUUAUAUGAAGCAGCCAUCGCCAUUGAUCCAAAUAAGGCUUCAUAUCGAAGCAACAAAAGUGCAGCCUUAACAGCUUUAGGCAGGAUUCUUGAGGCAGUAUUUGAGUGCAGAGAAGCCAUUCGAAUUGAACCUCAUUAUCACAGAGCUCAUCAUCGUUUAGCAAAUUUAUAUCUCAGGUUAGGGGAAGUGGAAAAGGCAAUAUAUCACUACAAACAUGCAGGCCUUGAGGCUGACCGUGAUGACAUUGCUAAAGCUAAAACUCUUCAGGCACAUUUAAACAAGUGCACUGAAGCUAAAAGACUACGAGAUUGGAACACCCUGCUCAAAGAAACAGAUUCAACUAUUAAUGCUGUUGCAGAUUCUGCUCCACAGAUAUAUGCAUUAAAAACCGAGGCCUUGUUGAAGCUUCACAGACACCAAGAGGCUGAUGAAGCAUUAUCCAAAGGUCCAAAUUUCAACGUUGAUGACUGCACUAAAUACUUCGGCCCAAUCGGUAACGCGAGUUUGCUAGUUGUACGAGCUCAGGUGGACAUGGCCGCCGGCAGAUUUGAUGAUGCCUUGGCGGCGAUUCAGCGAGCGGUGAGGUUUGACCCGAACAACAAAGAAGCAAACAGUGUAAUGAGGAAAGCUAGAGCAGUGGCAGCAGCGAGAUCAACUGGGAAUGAGCUUUUCAAGGCAUCAAAGUUCUCCGACGCGUGCGUUGCUUAUGGCGAGGGGCUUGAUCAUGACCCGCACAACUCCGUCCUGCUGUGCAACCGAGCAGCUUGUCGGUCCAAGCUUGGCCUCUACGAAAAGGCAAUAGAGGACUGCACCCAUGCACUUAAUGUUCGCCCUGGUUACGUCAAAGCUAGACUAAGAAGAGCCGAUUGCAAUUUCAAGUUGGGGAAAUGGGAAGCUUCGAUACAAGACUACGAGAUCUUGCAAAGAGAAACACCGGACAGCGAGGAUGUGAAACGGGCCUUGUCCGAGGCUCAAAUGCAACUCAAGAAACAACGUGGUGAAGUGGUAUAAGACAAGAAGUACGUUUGGAGCUUGAAGCACACGAAAAGGGAGACCAGGCAUUGGAGAAAGAGAAGAAGCUCCGAGGCAGCGACAAAAAGACAGCAACCGAGAAAGAAGAGCUGGUUUUCGUGAUGAUGUUGCCUGUUAGGAGCCAUGUGAAGAUAAGAGCUUUCAAAGAUAUGUCUGGGAUGGAAAAAGUUGCCUUUGCCAUUGUGAGGAAUUUAAACGGGGAAAUUUUGGUACUUUUAGAGUGUGACAUUAAUUAUUUGGUACCAAUUUGAUUAUGUGUGUAUACUCUCUUAAAGGAUUUACUUGAUGUCGCAUUUGAAAAUUAAAA